AUGAAAAACAAAAGAGAUUCUAACUCGUUUUAUUAAAAAAAUCAAUAUCUAUCUAAAUUAAUAUUUUUAUUUAAAAAUAUUAUAAAUAGGCUUGUAUAUGAAGAGUAAGGAAUUAACUUAUUUUUUUAAAAAAGCCACUACAGGUCACAAAAAAUACAAAAAAUCUGAGCCUCCAAGAAAAGAUAUAAGUAAACAUUCAAAGGACUUAGAAGAAAUAGCCAAAAGAAGCAACAAAGAUAAACAUGAAGUUUUAUUUCUAGCUAAAGCUAUGUGGAACAAUGAGAUAUUGCCUAUUUGAGCUAAAUAUACCCCAAAGCAAGAUGUCGAAUUAAUGGAUAUUUCAGCUAAAGAUGAAAUUCGUAAUUAUUUGCAAUUCUUUUUAGAUAAAAAUGAAGAAGACACACUUGUAAUUCUGUCUGAAACUCUCCCAAAAGCAAUUAUCUUAUAUGGCCCGCAUGGAUCAGGAAAAUCAUCAUUAGUAAAAUGUAUGGCGAAUGUGCUGGGUUUUAAAAUCCUUGAAUCUAAUGCAUCACAGUGCAGAAAUAGCUCAUCAAUUCUUAGUUUAAUGAAGGAAGCAAGCCAAAACCAAGUUGUUCAGUCCCAUUUUUGGAAAGGGUCCUUAAUUUUUAUAGAAGACAUUGAUAUUGUUUUAGAGCCUGACAAAAGAUUUUAUAAAGCUUUAUCCAAUUUAGUUAAAAAUUCAAGAAAUCCAGUAAUUUUGACUGCGACAAAAAUCCCUCAUGAAUUUAGUAGAGACAAAUAUAAAAAAAUUGAAAUUAAAAGACCAGAAAUAGAAGAAAUUCAAUUAAGGCUUGAAAUUAUUAAUAUUUUUGAAAAGCUGGAGAUUGAAAGCGACGAUAUAAAAUUUCUUAUAUAUUUGGCAGAUAGAGAUUUGAAUUGGAUUUUUAGCUCUUUAGAUGUGAAACCUUUAUGAUUUGGCCUAGGAUUGACAUUUCCGGUAAAACCAUGCAGCAAUUUCGAAAAGAAAGAAAAAUUCAUUACAGUCUCUUGCAGUGUUCCAAGCCGCCCUAUAAUUCCAUCAUUUGAAUAUUUAUACUUGAACUCUACAGAAAUAGAACUUGAUCUGGAUGCACAUUCAGAGUACCUAUCAGCAUUAGAAUAUGAUUUUAUAGAUGUACUUAAUGAUUUUUUCUCUCAAAAAUCAAAAAUCGACUCUCUGGUCUCUAUACCAAAACUGAGUGCUGAAAACGGCAUUUUCUCAAUAACUUAA